UCUAAAUUUAUUGUAGAAUUCAAUAUCUCUACCCAAAUGCCAUAUAAGGAGCUUAACAAUAAUGUCAAAAUUAGCAAAGCCCAAACCCACUAUCCUAUUCAUUCUAAAGGAGGAGGUACAUUGAAAAAGUCGAGACCAAGAACACCGCUUUACUGUACCGCAGAACCAGGGACGAAGGAAUGGAGAGAGUAUCAAGCUGGAAGACUGGAAUCCAUCAAAAAUCUAAAAGCUCGGAAGCACUUUAUGAAAGAAAAUGCAAGCUUAAUCAACCAAAUUCGUCUCCUCGCCCGAAAUAGUAAAAGCGAUACAGAUGCAGCAAAGCAAGAAGAAAUUUUUUCAGAGGUCGAUGCAAAUGGGAACCAAUAUGAUGUCAAUGAUGAUAAUUUCAAGCGAGAGCGUACCCUUCCAAGUCGUGGAAGAUCGACGGUAAAAAAAGGAAUACUGAAGAAAUCCCUUUCAUCGUCAUCAAUAUCUAUCAAUUCGAUCCGUCAAAGGGAUCAGUCCAGCCAAUUACGAUGGAAGGAGCCCGUCAUUCAGACUCCACCUAUAAACCUACACAUAAAUUUUACAGGGAAGCGAAGUGGGUCUGUUAAAAAAUCGUUUGAACGAUUUCCUAAACUUAUGUCAGCUACAUCAGUAUCUUCAAAAGGAAGAAUUACUACUUCCGGAAAAUUUAGCAAAUCGAAAGAAACUCGAAAUGGGGGUGGGGUUUCCAAAACUAAUAAACAAGCAGGCAUUGCAAGAGACAACAAAGGCUCAAAGUCUAAGCUGAAACCCAGCAAAGCUUCAUCUUUCACCAUUGUAAACCCCACCGGAAGUAAGACCGUAAAUGCUGUGAGACGAGAAAGUCAAGUCAAGACGACAUAUGUGCGUGGUUUUGGCCAUAAAAGAAUUGUGAGUCCGUCCCCCGUCGGAAACAAAGUAAAGGUUCGCCCAAGUACUAGCCAAGUUUUAUCUAAAUGGUCCGCACAAAAUCAGGCGGCUAAAACUGCCUCAGAUGCGAAACCUCCACAAAGCACUCGCACUAUUAGCAAUGCUAGAAGGAAUUUAAAUGUCCUCGAUCAUUCAAGUUCUAACGGAAACGCCAUUAUUGGAAAUCAUGACCAAGCUGCCAGUUCAUUAAGUGAUUUUAUCACCAGAGCAAAACUUUGUGGGAAUCUACCUGCAUUUCCAGAUCUGAAAAUUUGUAACGUGCUACCAGGAACAGCGGAUUGGGACAACUACUGGGAUAACUUCAAUGGUCAGGUUGCACAGUACAACAAGUCCAUGGAUAAGUAUACAAGAGGAAUGUCAGAAUUUUCCCAAGAAUUGGAAGCAUUCUCUCGAAAAUUGAAACGUAGUACGUUAGAUGACUUGGUAUUUCAGGCUCAACUUGGAAUGCUCCCUGGUGAAAAGAAACCUCCAAUGCUUCGUCAAUUACUCACCCUACCUCUCACACUUGUGGGACCAUACGUGAUCAAACGGGAUAUCAAAAGUAAAGGGGUUUCUUCACCGACCGUUGUCCACUUGACUUCUUUUGAUCAUCAAAGUUUCCGAAUGGAAAUUAGUCUCGUUGCACUUCAAGGCAAGGAUGACGAAGGUCCGAAUAGUUCCACGUCGUUAGGAGGACUCGUUGAGUAUAAGCCCCUAGUUCCAAAUGAAACGUACUUUGUGAAUGCAGAUUCCAAAUAUAACAUGCUGCUCGUGAGAAUUGAACUUUCUCCGAAAACCACUCCAGAGGGUUCAGUGGUGACGUAUAAAGAAGAAAUACAGAUUGCUGUUCCUCCAGAGAAAAAUGUCUUUGCUGACUUGCAGUUACCUCGCCCAAGAGCAUCCUGAGUCCUGUCACUUUUACGAAUAUUAUUGUGUCCUUACGAUGGGGAACAUUCUGGGGAGGAAUACCGUAUGAGUACCACCAGACGAGGAAACGCUUAACAAUCACCAAAAGAGCUGUUCGUAUUUGGACAAUUUUUACCAUUGCUCAAGUUAUAAAUUUUUUAUACUUUGCUGGGGUCGUUAUUUAUCUUAUUUAUUCAAAAAUUUGGGAUGUCAAUCAAGCCGAGGAAAAGAAAACUACAUCUUUCGAUAUUGCCUUCUCAUUCAUUGUGACAAUGAUGACGAUGGCACUUCUCGUCGCUGCCUUGAAUAUUGGAGCAUUCCAGAGGAACGAGUACCGCAUAUUUGUCAACUACUGUUUACAGUACUGUAUAUAUCUGAAAGAGACUUACACUAAUAAAUUGGGAGCCAAGUGGCGGAACGGAUGCGAGGAGUUUAUGACAAUGUGGCAAAUUUUAAUGACGGUUUUCCCGUAUUCUAUAAUCCUGCAUAUUGUGCAACAUCCAGAACACCCGAUUUAUAUGAUAUCCCUUGUACCUAGCGACUCUAUACUUUAUUGCGUGUCGUACAUUUGCUACUGCACAGGUAGACUAUUACUACAACUUUCAGGAUCGGCUACAGUGAUUGCAAUAUUUUACCCCAUCAUUGGAUUUGUAUUCGCUUAUCUGAAUCUUCUCCAUGAAAUUAAACCGAGUCGAAGAGUGUACCGUACGAAACCCUCGUUCCGUACACCUAGUGUCAUUUGCAUAACUGUUAGAACAAUGCAGCUCUUGGCGAAUCAAGUAAAUAGGAUUGAGACGCAAAUUAUUAUGGGGGAACAGACCUUGCUCACGUGGACAGGGACGAUAUGUGCUAUUUCCGCUAUCCAUUUUUGGGACAGACUGACGUUUACUGGAAGAUGGAUUUUGGUCCUGACCGGGAUGAGCACGGUCGGGAUUUGGACGACAAUCUUGACUGUUGCAGCAUACGUUUACACGAGCUCGGAAAAAGCAUUCAACAGUUGGAGGAAUUUUAGCUGGACACGUUUUGAAAAGAAGCAAAUGAGAAUAUAUAGGAAAUCGGUUCGACCAAUUCAAUUAGAGUUUGGCGGAUUUUAUUACAUAAGACCCAAGAAAGUGCUUAGUUUUUGGAACACUUUUGUUUGGCUAACGGUACGAGGGUUACUCACAUUUCCGGAUGGUAAACACAACAAUCUGGCACAGUUUUAAUUAUAGUAGUGCAUGUAUUUUAAGGGAUAUAUAAAUAUUAUCUAUGUAAUCACAACCAGCGAUUUUUAUUUUGAAAUUAAACUGGUGAAGGGU